AAGUGACAUCGGAACUGGCAAUGCGCUCACAAACAGUAAUACCGAAGAUGGCAACACUAACGAAAAAGCACCAACAGACACCAAGACAUCAGAAGAAGCAACAUAUGAAAAAAAAAGGACGAACUAG